AUGAAAUUGGCUCUGAUUUUGGUUAUUAGCGUUGCAAUUUGCACAGAAAAUGUAUUUUCGCAAAAUGAAGAAUUAAUAAAAAAAAUUAAUGAGAUUCAAAGUUCCAACAUAACUCAAAGAAUUAAUGACACCAUAAGAUUAAAUGAUACGAGAAGUGAUAAUUCUACAAAUGAAGGAGAUAAAGGACUAAGAAUAAAUCCAAUUUCUUGGGAUAAUGUAUUGAAAGGGUUGAGUGACAUUUUUAGUGAAGUUAAUCUCUUAUUUAAUAAAUUAUGGGAAUCUAUAAGAAGUUACAUCAAAGGUAAGGAAGGUACCACAGAGGAAAAUAAAAUGAAUCUUUUCAAUCAAUCAUCAAUCAAUGCCUCAUCAAUAGUUGUAAAAAAUCUUGAAGAUAGACUUUUGUGGUCACUAACUAUUCCAGAAUUUAAAAUUAACCUACCAAGCUUUAACGCGAAAGAGAUUUUAUUUGGGAAUAAAAGUAAGAAUACUAGCGAUCAACAAGAUUUAGAACUAAUAAAAAUUAAUCGCUCGACUUCAGAAGAAGAAAUAUUAUCAGGGGUUUUACUUUCAUGUGCAUUUUUUGCUUUGUAUUUAAUAUGCUGGAUUUUUGCAUACGUAAAGGACUUGUCUGAUUGGGUUAGCAUAUUAAAGAGGCCAAAUUUAGUAUUUUUGCAGCAAAUCCCAAAUGGUGACUUUAAAUUAAAAAAUAAAAAUGAAGAGAAAAUUGUUAUGUUUAAUGGAGUAAAGUUUCCAUAUACCAACUUAAAUUUUAUCCCACCAAUCAAAAUGAAAGUGGGUUAUGUGAGAGUAUUAACAAUAACAAUUCAAACAAUAUUUUUCCCCUUAACACUAAUUCACUUUAUAACAUCAAAAUUUAAGGUUUCACAUUUUCACUUUGAAUAUUUUAAUAGUAAAUUAAAGAGUUACUAUGAGACAAUAAAAAAUGGCAAUAAUGUUUUCAACUACUAUUAUAUGACAAACCGUGAACACAAGUCUAAAGCUGGAAUAGAAAUAACAGAGAAGAAGUUCUCAAAGAGUAUUUAUGAUGAAAAUAUUAUAUUAUUAAACAUUAUGAGAUUUAUCUCUAAUAAAGAUAAUUCUAAUAAAUUUCCCUCGGCAGAGGAUCUAAAGAAUUGGUGUAAUGAAUUUUGGUUUAAGGCAAAUAAGAUAGAAACUUCACAGUAUAAGGAGUUACUUCCAAGAAUAGCUUGUCUUAUAAUUUUAAGAAAGCUUGUCCAAAAUGAGCAAAUGUCUCAUGACUAUCUUAGAAGAUUGAGAAUGCAAAUAAUUGGAGUUAAUAACCAGGCAAAUUUUGUUAGGGAUUGGAUCAUUUCUUCACUAGUGAAAAAUAAUCCAAAAUUAAAUUUCCCUAAUCAAUGGACAGAAAGAAGCCCAGCAGGAUCUAUAAAGAUAAAUCUUCAUGAUAAUGGAAUUUUCACCCUCAUAAAUGAUUAUACGAGUAGAGUUGGAAUAUACUCUGAACCUCAGGUUAAGUUACUGAUGGAGCUUACAUCAAAACAAGUUCAAAAUUUAGAAUGUUAUUUGUGGUUAAUUGAUGAGCUUCAAACUGUGUGUAUUCAUCCAAAAAUACUUUGUGAAUGUAUUAAAGGAUUUGACUCUUUGGAAUGGAUUGGUCCAAUAGGUUUUCUACCCUUUGAUCAUAUUAAAUCAAUAUUAGUUAAUGACGCCGUUGCUGGGACAGUUACAUUCAUCUUAGAAGAAAGUAAGGCAAAAUCCAAAACUUAUAAUAAUUCUGGAAAAAAAAAAGUUAGUGAAAAAACAUCCAUCUUGGAAACAAUGUUUGAUAAUUCAGAGAUUGAAAAAAAUACGAAGAAUUCGGCCAUAAAGUUUACAGUAUUAGACGAAAAAGAUGAUAUUUCAAGCUUAAACCACUUAAUUAAAAGUCUAAUACCCCAAUCAAAACCAAAAUACAGUUAUGAAAGUGACCUUUCUGAUUUUUCUACGGAAGCUUCAAGGUCUUUGGACUUUAAUUCAACAAUCAACAGCACUUUACCAAGAAGUGUGUUGAACGAAGGGACAAAUGACGUAUUUUGGGGAGAAAAAUUAAAUAUUAGAACAAAAAAUUUGAAGGGAGAGUUUGAGACAGAUUUUUACCCAACUUGUUUUUGGGAUUUCGAUAUGCCAGUACCAUUUACAGCAACAUCUGUAUUGAUUAAUGAUGUUUUGACAUACUUGUGGAUUAAUUACGAUUCGAGAUUACUUUGUGUCCAAAGAAAGAAUUCUUCUAUUGAAAAAACAGGAGAUAUCAAAUCUAAUCAGAGUUUAAAGAACCAAUUAAGCCAAAUUGAUCAUUUGAAAGAAUCGAUAGCUCUUAACAAGGUAAGGAGUUUUGAUGAUCCUGUGGUAAUUGAAAGUAUAAACAAUACUCCAAAUUCUGAUUCAUGUAUUGAAAUUUUGAAUCUUGAGAAUAUUAUAGGGGAAAAAAACAAAGAUAAUAAUUCUUAUAAUGAUGAUAUUUUGAACAACAAGGCCAACACAGUUACUAGAGGGCUUAUGAAUAAAGGAAAAUCCACAAGCUUUGAUCAGAAUAAACAAGAAGAGGUUGAGUCAGAGAAUCAAGAUAUUACCAAUAAAUGGCUACCAUUUGACAAAAACUUGUCUUCGGUUUUUGGAGUUUUGACAGAAAACGAAAUCCAAAAUCUACACCCUGUAUAUGCAGUACCUGGAAUUUUAGGUGGUUCUUUUUGUACCAGAGGAUUCUUUAUUGGAUCAAUUAUAAAUGUACAUGUUGUUGGAGACUUUUUGGAAGAUGUUGUUGAUGAAUAUACAAUUGGUGUAGAAUCUCAAUUAUUAGUUACAUUUGAAGGAGGGUUAACCUUAAGAAUUAAUACUUUUUCACAAGGAGCAGCAAAUUCUCUUAAAAAUAGUCUGGAAUCAAUUAUUAAUAAUUUGGAAGAAAAUAUUAUGUUGCCAAUGAGACAUAGCUUAAGUAAAGAGGAAAUAAAGUCAAAUGUUGAAAAUAAUUCUGUCACAAACUUGCAGGACGCCCUAUUUUCUGUUGGAGUGAGUCCUCCUGAUUUAAUUUCUCGUUGUAAUCAGUUGAAAGAGUAUGAAAAAGCAUCAUUUAAGGAUUGCUUUAUUAAAAGUUUUACCAGGUUUAACCCUUUAAUUGGUAGACUUCAGUGGAACCCAUCCUCUCCAAGAACAUAUAGAUGGCUUUCAUAUACUGCAAGUACAUCUUUAUCCCACUUUUUAAUAUUCUAUCUUCUGAGUUCUAUACCAAGAAUUAACAAGGUUGAAAAUGGGAUUUUGGUUGGUUGGAUUGCAUAUUGUAUAUUAAAUAUUUCAAAGAUGAUUUUGGACACAGCUAUGGCGUUCUCUUCUGUAUUACAUAUUAUGUCAAUAAGACAGCAAGCAGCUUAUUCAUAUUUCAGAUUAUGGAUUACUUGGUUAACUUCAAGUUUUUGUCUACUAAUCACUAUAAUUCUAUCAGUACUAACUAUUUUGCAAUCUGCAAAACCUAUAAACAACAUUGAAACAUCUAGUGGAUUUAUUCUCAAUGACAUUAACUACUCUAUUUCAACAUGGAUUGCUGGAUUUAUAGUCACUUUUCUUUCAUUAUUCCUUCAGCCUCUAACUCUAGCUUUGAGUUAUGCCACAAUAUUAGCACUUUCCAAAAAAACAAAUAUAUUUGAUGGAUUUGUAGCUUUCUUCAAGACAUUCAAUGAUACUCAAGUAAAUAAGGAUGGUUGGAUGCCAGUUAGACCUGGAUGUAUUAUUAAAAAACAAUGCAACCAAUUAAAUCUAAAAAAUCAAGCAUAG